GCCUGCAGAAGGACAGAAGCAGUAAGAGCAGCGCUGUAACACAGAUAAACUGCACGCUGUCAGGUUUGACAGCUCGCCGCGCGUGUAGUUCAACCGGGCUGCUGUUCUUCCAGCCGCUCCGGGAAUUUCCCUUCCACGUGUCUGAUAAAAAGGGGGCGGGAUCAUAACAAAGACACGUGACGGGUCUUAAGACGAGCGUGUGGUCGGCGCUGGUGUUACGUAUCCCGGGGGGCGGGGCCUGCUGCUGUCGUAGUUGGAAAUGAGGCUCAGCGGCUGGAGGCGAAGAUCAGAAUGAAGACAGAGGUGGAGAGUAGAGGAGCUGAACGGUGCGGAGCGAAGGGAACAGAGGAAAAAACGGAGAGAACAGAGAGAACAGAGGAGAAAACGGAGAGAGAAGUGCUAUAGCAAGAAGUACUGGACUUAAAGGACUUUAUACUAGGACAACCAGAGGUGGGGAGCGUGGAAGGCCCUGCUCAUGGACGAUGAGGAGGAUGAUGUGUUCGUUACGGAUCCAGAGCCUUGGCGUUCCCCGAUCAGUGUGAUAAAGCAGGAGGAGCGUGGCACACAGACUCCAGGGCGGCCGCCGGCUCGGACCAAUGGCAUGCUGCCCUGCGGAAUAUCCGAGGAGCCAAGACGCCUCUUCUACGGUAGUGCAGGACUGUUAUUACUGGCACCGUCUGCCCGUUCUGAACGCGUCGGGGACGCCAUGUUUCGGGAGGAGCAUCGAGCCGUUGAGCCUCGGCGGCGGCCGGCGCACAGCGUGGAGGCCCGUAUCGGACAGAAGCUCCAGAUGAUCGGAGACCAGUUUUAUCAAGAGCACAUGCUGCAACACAGAAACCAAAGGAACCAGCAGCCGCUUUGGUUGCGCUUGGCGUCGGCGCUCUACACGCUCCUGUUCGAGAGGGAGCCGGCGGCUCACGGGAGGCGAGAGGACCGGAGGUGAGAUGGCCACCUGGAAAAAACUUUACAAAAACUGCCACCUUUCGUCCCGGCUUCAUCCCGAAGCAGGGCGCCUAAUGGCACUGUCUGAUUUUUGACACGGGUUUUCCGGGAGAGGAGGGAAAAAUAAAAAAAACGAGACGGAAGGCGAACGUCUCCGCGGGACGGAGGCGCCGGUUUUUACAGGAUCUUUCUUUUCUUUUUUCUUCCUCCCCCCUCAAGAAGAUGCCAUGGUGUUCACCAGACUCUUUGACAGGAAUAUUUUCAUAAGGAACUUUGUUGAGGUAUUUUGUACAGUAUGUGCUGUCGUCUCUGUUUCGUUUCAUUUCGUUUCGUUUCGUUUGCACUUCCAUUCAUGUAAGUUUUGAACAACCUCCACGCGUCCUGGGAAUGCCUUAUCGUCUCCAGCCACUGCAGAAAGAACGUCUAAAAAAAAAAAAAAAAAAAAAAGUGUGGACUAAAGAAAAAGGAAAAAAGAGAAGAAGGUGGUACAAGGAAGGGCAGUGGGUUGGUUUGAAUUUUUUAUUUUUUAUUUUUUAUUUUCCUUGUUUUCUUAUUUCUUUUUUCUUUUUAUUUUUACUCCCAGGACACCAAUCAACUUGACCGUUAGCCUGACUAAUUUCCAAAGAGGCAGUUUCUCAGAACAAAGAUUUUGCACCUCAGUAUGUCCAGUUCUUCAGUGUUUUCAGAUGUUUUUUUAUGUCAUUGCUUAAUAUGUUUGAUCUGUUUUUUCCCCCUUCAAUUAGUGUCUCAUAUUUUACUGUAAUGCUGUGUUAAAACAGGCUUCUGCCGCUUCAUCUGAGAGUGACAAAAGGGGGGGGGG